GACGUGUCAGGGGGGGGCGGGGGCUGUGCACAGGUGAACGCUGCACAGGUGGGAAGCUGCGGGAAAUGUGCGUCCUGAAAAACAGGCUGCCGCGCUCGGUGCCGUUACUCGGGCUCUCGCCUGCUCUCCGCUAUGGCGCACGACUGCGUGGGGAACUGCGCGCUGUUGUUCAUCCUCGCGGUUGCGUUCGACGCGGUCGGUCUGGUCGUGCUGCUGGUCGGGAUUUUCGGCAACCUGAACUUGGACGGCCGCUUCUACGGGGAUUUCCUCAUCUACACGGGCUCGCUCAUUAUCUCCCUCAGCCUGAUUUGGUGGGUGCUGUGGUACACGGGGAACGUGCAGCUGUACGGGGAGGACCGCCCGGGCCCCCUGGACAUCAACUUUACGCACUGGGUCAGGAAGCUGUCCGAGCGGUUUUCCAAGGGCGGCCUGAAGCCCCUGGAAGCCGGGGAGGAGAAGAAGAACAUGGGGAGCGGGAAGGAGAUGAACGGCACCGUGCGUGCUGCCGCGCCGUCUCAGGUUACGUGGGAAGGGGGCAGCGGGGGAGCCGUGUCGUGUCACGACAACAGAGGGUUUGACGCAGGGACCGAGUGCGCGUCUCUGGCUGUGAAGAACGUGGAGCUGGGGAUGUUGAGGAGCUCGGACGUGAGGCUGCAGGGAGCUGGUGACAAACCGGAGAGGCUUCUCUGACAGGAGGUGACAUCCUGCUUUCCUGGUGUUGGAGGACGCUGUCCCUCCUCAUGCUGCUUUCCAAAGACUGAACAUGUUGAGUUAAUGAACUAACGUCACUUUAAAAAAAAAAAAAAGAAGAUAAUUUCUUAAUCAGGGAAAAAGCUCUGUACCCCCACUAAACGGAUGAGCUGUGCACACAGGAAGAAACUUCUUUACGUCUUUAACUUGUACAUUGCAAACUCAAAUUUUUUAUGAGCUUAUUUUUUUGGACAGAUGUAAAUAACCUUUCAUGGGAAUAAAGUUUACAUGUUAAUUGGA